AACGUGUCGGGGCACGCGCAGCUGACUGACAAGUGUUGCGGCAGCAGUUGAAUGCUCCUUCCAGCUGAGCGCACUGAGCCCGGGAGAGGAGCUCGGAAAAGUUUUUAGCUCUGGCAGUCAUUAAGAAGAAAAAUGUUAAAUGUUUUUUCUGCGGGUAGAGGAAGUUUCUGAAGGCUCACAGAGCGAACUGUAAGACAUGGCAGCCUCUGAACUUUACUCCAAGUAUGCCCGUGUAUGGCUCCCAGAUGCAGCUGAAGUGUGGAAGUCAGCAGAGCUUAUCAAAGAUUACACUCCUGGCGGCUUGACGCUGAGUCUGCAGCUGGAUGAUGGCACGAAGGUGGAAUACAAAAUAGACCCACAAACCAACAACCUGCCGCCACUAAGAAAUCCUAACAUCCUGGUGGGGGAAAAUGACCUCACAGCUCUCAGCUACCUCCACGAGCCUGCAGUGCUACAUAACCUUAAAGUGCGCUUUGUGGACUCUAAGUUGAUCUACACAUACUGUGGAAUUGUCCUGGUUGCCAUCAAUCCUUACGAGAGCCUGCCUAUCUAUGAAACUGACAUAAUCAAUGCCUACAGCGGGCAGAACAUGGGAGACAUGGACCCCCAUAUAUUUGCAGUGGCAGAGGAAGCAUACAAACAGAUGGCCAGAGAUGAACGAAACCAGUCCAUCAUAGUGAGUGGUGAGUCAGGAGCUGGCAAAACUGUCUCUGCUAAGUACACUAUGCGUUACUUUGCCACGGUCAGCUGCUCCUCUGGUGAGGCCAAUGUUGAGGAGAGAGUCCUCGCCUCCAGUCCCAUUAUGGAGGCCCUUGGGAAUGCCAAGACAACAAGGAAUGACAACAGCAGCCGCUUUGGGAAGUAUAUUGAGAUUGGGUUUGAUAAGAAGCAUUGUAUUGUUGGAGCUAACAUGAGAACCUACUUACUUGAAAAGUCUAGAGUUGUGUUUCAGGCCCUUGGAGAGAGGAACUACCACAUAUUCUACCAGCUGUGUGCCUCUGCUCAUUUACCAGAGUUCAAAACCUUCAAGUUAGGUUGUGCAGAUGACUUCCACUGUACGAACCAGGGUCAAAGCCCUGUCAUAGACGGAGUGGACGAUGCCAAAGAAAUGUGCAACACCAGGAGGGCUUUUUCGCUGUUAGGAAUUAAUGAGCGUGAUCAAAUGGCAAUUUACCAAAUUCUGGCGGCUAUUCUCCAUCUUAGCAAUGUGGAAGUGAAAGAUCAGUCAGCAGACAGAUGCAGCAUCUUGCCAGAUCAUGUCCACCUGAUGGUAUUUUGUGAGUUGAUGGGGGUGCCUUGUGAAGAAAUGGCCCACUGGUUAUGUCACAGGAAACUCAAGACGACCACAGAGACCUAUGUCAAAUCGGUCUCCAAAAUGAACGCAGUCAAUGGCAGAGAUGCCCUAGCCAAACACAUCUAUGCCAGACUCUUCAGCUGGGUUGUCCUCAGUAUUAACAGCGCUUUGAAAUCUGCUGUGAAUCAACACUCUUUCAUUGGUGUGCUUGACAUUUACGGGUUUGAGACAUUCGAUGUCAACAGCUUUGAACAGUUUUGCAUCAAUUACGCCAAUGAAAAGCUUCAACAACAGUUCAACCAGCACGUCUUCAAGCUGGAGCAGGAGGAGUACAUGAAAGAGGAGAUCCCCUGGACAUUGAUUGACUUCUAUGACAACCAGCCAUGCAUUAAUCUCAUUGAGGCUAAGCUGGGUGUCUUGGACCUUCUGGAUGAAGAGUGCAAGAUGCCCAAAGGCUCUGAUGACACAUGGGCUCAGAAACUGUACAACACCCUCCUGAAGCAGAAUGCUCACUUUGAUAAACCCAGGUUAUCAAACAGAGCAUUCAUCAUUCACCACUUUGCAGACAAGGUGGAGUACCAGUGUGAGGGUUUCCUGGAGAAAAACAAAGACACAGUCAAUGAAGAGCAGAUAAAUGUACUGAAAAAUAGCAAGCUUGAUUUGCUGCUGAAGCUGUUUGAGGAUGACGAGAAGUCACAGAGUUCAACUAACAAGCGCACCAGUACCAGUGGAAAGGCUGGUCAGGCUCACAGGGACCAUAAGAAGACUGUUGGCCUGCAGUUUCGACAGUCUCUACAUUUGCUGAUGGACACACUGAAUGCGACGACUCCUCACUACGUGCGCUGCAUCAAGCCAAACGACCAUAAAGCGUCGUUCAUUUUCGACCCUGUGAGGGCAAUGCAGCAGCUUCGAGCUUGUGGCAUCCUGGAAACCAUCCGGAUCUCAGCAGCAGGCUUCCCAUCUAGAUGGACCUACCAGGAAUUCUUUAGCCGUUAUCGGGUCCUCAUGAAGCAAAAGGAUGUACUUCCUGAUAGAAAACAAACCUGCAAAAAUCUUAUGGAACAACUUGUAAAGGACCCAGAUAAGUAUCAGUUUGGAAAAAACAAGAUCUUCUUCAGGGCUGGUCAGGUGGCUUACCUGGAGAAGCUGCGUUCUGACAAGCUGCGUAUGGCUUGCGUCCGCAUUCAGAAGACUAUCCGCUGCUGGCUGGCCCGCAAAAAGUACCUGAGGAUGAGAGAAUCUGCUGUCACCGUACAGAGAUAUGUACGGGGUCACCAGGCACGCAGUUAUGUAAAGUUCCUGCGAAGAACCAGAGCAGCUGUGGUCAUUCAGCAGAACGUGCGAAUGUGGGCGACCAGGAGACGCUACCAGCAGCAACGCACUGCAGCUAUCGCUAUUCAGUGCUUCUUGAGGGCCUACAUGGCUAGAAAGCAGUACUAUAAGCUGAUGUUUGAGCAAAAGGCUGUGGUCAUCCAGAGAUGUGUGAGGGGCUGGAUAGCUAGACAGCAUUACAGACGAACCGUGGCAGCCAUCAUCCUGCUGCAGAGCUGUGUACGCCGCAUGAGGGCCAAGAAGGAAUUAAAGAAACUGAAGGUGGAGGCCCGUUCUGUGGAGCACUUCAAGAAGCUCAAUGUUGGCAUGGAGAACAAGAUUAUGCAGUUGCAGCACAAGAUAAAUGAGCAGCACAGAGAAAACAGAGAGCUCAGUGAGAGGCUGAAUGUCUUGGAGAAGGCCCUCUCUGUGGAGAAAGAGAAACAGACCAGAGAGAUCAAAAACCUACAGAGAUCAGAGCAGGAGGCCAGAGCCAAGGCAGAGACACUUCCCUCGCUGCUGGAACAGCUCUCAUUCCUUCAGCACGAGCUGGAAAACACCCGCAGAGAGAAAGAAGACCUGGAAGAGCAGACCAAAGUCUACAAGGAGCAGACACAUCAGGUGGUAGAAGAGCUUAAUAGGAAGAACAGUUUGUUGAACAGUGAAAAGGAUGAACUGAACAAACUAAUCCUGGAACAAACCCAGCAGUUAACAGAUAUUAAAACCAACAUUGAGAACACAAAACAGAUGGAGGAGGACUUAACUGAAGAACGUUCUCGCUACCAAAGUCUGUUGAGUGAACACCUGCGUCUGGAGGAACAGCAUAGAGACCUGAAGGAAGAAAUUAAUCUCAGAACUAGUUUAAGCAAAUCUGGUCUCGAGAGGACAGACUCCAGCUACAGCAGUAACUCAUCUGAGUUCAGUCAGAGCUUAGGCUCUACUGAAGGAGACAACAGCUCUAUACAAACAGAGGAUGAGACCCAGUCGACAGUGGACCUGCCAGUCCUCCUGAAGCUCCAGAGAAGAGUGAAGGAGCUGGAGCAGGACAAACAGUCGCUGUGGCAGCUGCUGGACAAGAAAGAAGAAACCCAACAACAAAAGGCAAAAGAAGCAGAAGAACAGAGAACUUCAGGCAGAGCAGAACUGGACUUGGAAAGACUGAAGCGGCAAGAGCUGGAGGCCGACAACAAGAAGUUGAAGAAGGAUCUGAAUGAGCUUCGGAAGUCUCUGACCAAUGAGAGCGGUGAAAUGAUGCCCCCUGCCCCUGGCUCUCUGCCCUACAGCAUCCUGCUGGAGCAACUCAGUUCUUCCACUGAGGAGCUGGAGAUGCGAAAGGAGGAAGUGCUGCUCCUCAGAUCACAUAUGGUCCGCCAAGAGGCUCUUAAACAUAAAGACUCUGCACUCGGUGAAGGUGUGAAAUUAGACCUUGAAAUUCCCUCAUUUCAAGAUGUUGACAGAUCUGCUGACAUCCAUACACUGAAUGAAGAUGGAGAGCUGUGGUUGGCUUAUGAAGGCUUGAAAGAGACCAACAGACUUCUGGAGUGCCAGAUGCAGGAGCAGGAGCGCAUUCACAGUGAGAAGUAUAAGAAGCUGCUUGAGGAGGUGAACAAGUUGAAGAAUGAAAAGGAGCAACAGCAGAAGCUGCUGGCCCAGAGCCUCCUCCUGUCUGAAGAUGCCCGCAUUGAGGCGAGCCUGAAGCAUGAGAUCACACGGCUCACCAGUGAGAACCUGGAACUCAUGGAGCAGCAAGAGAAACAAGACAAAACCAUCCGCAAGCUAAAAAAACAACUCAAAGUUUAUGUCAGAAAAGUUGAAGAUUUUGAAGCAAAUGCUCACCAAAAGAGCAGUGUGACUCACACUCCUAUGAGAGCGGUGAACAUCACCCGCAAGGACAAAGAGUACCGAGGCAUGUUGGAGUUCAGGACGGGUGACGAGAGCCGCCUCCUUAAGAAUGUGGUCGCAGAUCUGAAGCCUCGUGGGGUAGCAGUCAGCUUCAUUCCCGGACUUCCUGCCUACAUCAUCUUCAUGUGCGUACGAUAUGCAGACAGCGUGAACGACGAUCAGCGAGUCAGCGCUCUGCUCAAUUCCACCAUCAGCAGCAUCAAAGGUGUCAUUAAGAGGAGGGGAAAUGAUUUUGAAGUGGUGUCUUUCUGGCUGGCCAAUACCUGCAGAUUGAUGCACUGUCUGAAGCAGUACAGUGGAGACGAGGUCAGCGUGAGACACAACACCCCAAAGCAGAAUGAGCACUGCUUAAUCAAUUUUGAACUGUCAGAGUACCAGCAGCUUUUGAGUGAUCUCGCCAUCCAAAUUUACCGCCAGCUCAUCAAAUGUGUCGAGGACAUCCUGCAGCCCCUGAUUGUGGCGAGCAUGCUGGACCCUGAGGCAGUCCAUGGUGUUUUGGGAUCCAAACCAACAGGCCUGAGGAAGAGAAGCACCAGUUUCCCAGAAGAGGGGGCUGUGACUGUGGAAGUCCUCCUGCAGCGUCUUAGCCACUUUUACACCACCAUGACUCAGCAUGGGAUGGACUUAGACCUCAUUAAACAGGUGGUCAGGCAGCAGUAUUACAUCAUCUGCGCAGUCACACUCAACCACCUGCUGCUGCGGAAAGACAUGUGCUCGUGGAGCAAAGGCCUGCAGAUCAGGUACAACGUUUGGCAGCUGCAGGAGUGGCUGACGGAGAGGGAGCUGGCAACCUGUGAUGCCAAGGAGACUCUGGAGCCUCUUGUACAGGCUGCUCAGCUCCUGCAGAUCAACAAGAAGACUGAGGCGGACGCAGAAACUAUUUGCAACAUGUGCACUGCCCUCACCACAGCACAGAUUGUGAAACUGUUGACCUUGUACACCCCAGUGAUUGAAUUUGAAGAGCGAGUGUCAACCGAUUUCAUUUCCACUAUUAAAAACAUUUUGAAAGACAGAGCUGAGUCAUCCACCUUGAUGAUGGAUGCCAAGAAGAUCUUCUCCGUCACCCUUGUCUUCACACCCUCCUCCGUGGCUCUGGAGACCAUCCAGAUCCCUGCCAGCCUCAACCUGGGCUUCCUUGCCCGCAUCUAGACCUGUGCCCUCCAACACUUCAUUUUCUUACUUCUUUUUACUGAAGUAAUAACAUUCAAGCGUCUUUUUAAACAAUGUCUGUACCAGUUGUCAUGUUUUCACUAUCACUGAAUAUUUGUAAUACUGCAGCAGAGGUUGUUUACAUGUAUUUGUGUGUUACUUUCUCAGUACUGCAUAGCCAAAGACAUAACUCCAAACAGUGAAUCUGCAAAAAAGUCUUUUAAAGGUCAUUCCUCCUGAUGUAUUGUUGAUACAGUUGUUAAAAGUAUUUUGUGAAUUCCUGCAUUUAGUAAUAUAUUCAUGGGAAAGAUUUCUUUCUCAUAAUAUCUAUACUUAAGUAAGGAAAUAUGACUGCAGCAUCUACAAGUUAGCAUUUUCCUGUUACUGGGAUAGAUAUCCUGAUAACUCUGAAUUGGAGUGAUUCCAUGGAAACACAUAAAACAAAGACUAACCAUGAGCAAUAUUUAAAAUAUGAAUUUGCUUCUGCUUUAAAUGUUGAAAAUGUCAUGAGAUGAUAUUCAGUUUUAUUGCCGUAACUUUAUAUUUCUGUAACUGCUGAUAAUGAGUGAUGUUACGUAUGUCGGGACAAGGUGAAGGAGCAGGAAGUGACUGAAGUAGGCUAUGUAUUUAACCAGUCUUAAUGUUUUUCUGGCAAAUUAAAGGCUGGCUUUUCAGUAAGUACUUAAAGAUACUGUACAAAGAAUUUCAUUGCUCCUUGAGGUAUUAUGAAUCUUGUAUCUCUUAAAGAAGGUCCCCCAAGAAAAUGUGGAGUAUUUUAAUUAUUUUACUAUUUUACUUACUUUCUGGACAUUAGUUUGCACAGCAUUGUAAUACACAUAUAAUAAGGUGUAAAAAUGUUAUGUUAUGUUUUUGGAAAAGUGUGGGGAUCUCUGAAUUGAUUUUGGAUGUACAGCUGUACUGUACUGGUGUCCUACCUGGACCCUCACCGUGCUGUGCUGCUUCAGGUUGUUGUUUUUCAUCCUCCCACAUUCAUACUUGCUUUGUAUUUGCAAAUACUUAACGUGUAAAAAUUCGUAAAUAAUUAAUCUCUUGGUUCAAAGCUUCUCCGCUGUGCACACCAGGAAUGUUGUUUCUUUGUAGGCAUUUAUUCCCUUUGUUUUCAAAAUUUUGAUACUGUGUUUAGUAGAAGGUUGUGAAAUAUUUACUUUUUUUUUUUUUAAAGACAAAUUUAGUUUGUGGUAAAGCAUGAAUGCCUUCACGUAUGAUGAGGUGACUGAGGUCUGCAUCCGGUUUCUUUUGUUGUCACAAUCCUUGAUCAAACCAGCAACACCCACUCCGCCAGUCACUGUCACAAGACGGGAGGGCGGAGUCAAAAUCCGCAGCAGGUGAGCAAGUCAAGUAGGAAGACACGAGACAAACCUGUCGUGUGAGUGAUGAGGCUUUCAGAAUAAAAGCGCCAUGUUUGUCACUUUC